CUCUUGCUGGGUGAGAGCCCUACUUACUUCAGGGUUUUUUUCUGAUGAAAAUGGGAAGCAUAUUUUGUUCCGUUGCUCAACACCUUUCCGAAUGAACGGAAACACAAGUAAAUGUCACCCCGUCUAUAUUACACAAAGUUGUUCUUUGCACCCCCUCAGAACGCCCUUCCUUACAUCUGAAGAAGCGGCCAUACAUGAAGAGACAAGCAGUUAUUUUAAUCGCUACAAAAUGAGACUCCGAUCAAACCGUAUUCAUCAAUGCCUCACCACAGGGACUUGGUGGCACAGCUGGCCCUGCCUAAGACCACAUAAGCACAGUCUACAGCUGUGUUGCUUCCCUGGGAAAAACUCAAUGGAUGAGAAACGGAAAAGGGCUAAUACAUUCCAGACCUGCUUGAGGUUUCGGCGGAUGGACCGCGCCAGGAUGGAGCAGAAGCGCUCGGAUGGAGCGCGAGUGGAGAACACGGGGGGGAGGCUGGAGGAGCUGGCCCUGAGGUGGUUCACCGAGACGCAGGCCCCCCUCAUUCUGCACGAGGGCAACUUCCCCGCCUGGUUCCAGGGGUUCAUCACCAGAAAGGAUGCUGAAGCUAAGCUAACAGACAAGCCGCUGGGUUGUUUCCUUAUCCGACUAAGUGACAAAACCAUUGGAUACAUCCUCUCCUACAGGGGACGUGAUCGAUGUCGCCACUUUGUCAUAAACCAGAACAAAGCCGGGCAGUUCAUUGUUUCGGGUGACAUUGAGACUCACAAGAAUCUGACUGACCUCAUACAGCACUACAGGGCAAGCCCCAUCGAGCCCUUCGGCGAGUUUCUGACAUCAUCCUACUCAGAGAGCUCCUCCAGUGAGAUCUAUGACGUGAUCCAGGGAAAGCUCAGAGAGAGGCUGGUCAGUGUGGAGGCUGUGAGAAGCCUUUGGCAGCAGCGGACAGACCACUCCCAGGGCCACCCACCCACACUGCCACCUAAGAACUACAACAGGAGGCCAAACUCACCCGUAUCCCUUGAUAUGGACGACCCCCCUCAGGCAGCACCCCCACUUCCCAGGAGGGCUCCCUUCCAGUCAAAUCAUCUUGGCGGCUCCCUGGACGAGACGAGCACCUGGCGCAGCCCUGUCCUGUACGCUCAGCUGCAGAAACAGCGAGCCAAUCAGAGGGAGCAGCCCCCGCCGACCACAGAAAAUGCAGGGCUGGACGGGCCCAGGUCACUCCCGGUAGCCGGCCCCAUAGCGCAGACGCACAGGCCCAGGGACGGUGCCUCCCUGGCCCCAGACAUCGUGUACUCUGAGCUGAGCCUGGGGAACUGCAGAAGCAGGUCCUUACCUCUGCUCGACAGCGACUCGGGGGAGGUACACUCCUUCAGGCUGAGCGCCCCUUCUUUCACCCCCCCACAAGUCUCACCCAACACCUCCAAAAAAGGCGGGGUCCAGGCGUGCUCUCCCUCAGACCAGCGGCUUCUCUUCAGACCAUCCGCUGGCAGCAGCGACAGCUUAGACGAUCCGUGCGACAACCCUCUUUACCAGCUGGCUGGCAUGCCACGUGACGCCCGAGCAGGCCAGAGGAAGCCCCAGGGCCGAGCACAGAGUCGCCCCCCCAUCUCAACACCCCCUCAGGAUGAAGGCACGUACGCUGAGGUCCCGUGUGAGCCCCUCCCCUGCCCCUUGCUCAGUGACAAUGCCUACGAGUUCAUCCCAGACAAAGACUUCAACAGCAGCCCCUUCCACGACAACACUUACGAGCUGAUCCCAGAGCAGGGCAUCAAGAAAGACGCCCGGCCGGUCUCCGCAGAUCACAGCAGGCUUUACGAAUCAAUCAAAGACCAGCAACCCAAACACGCUGAUGCCUACUGGAGCUCAAAGAAUGACAAAAGGAGAAGAUUCUUUCCUGAACAUAAGAAAAAAUGAAGGUUUCAGGAAGAAGACAAACACUUGGAAUGAACCCAUUCAAAUGAACACUAUGGGCUCUAUUUUGAAACCGGCGCAAAGCGGUACCUAGCGCAACGCAAGUGUCUUUGCUAGUUUCCGACCGACGCAGUUGUCAUUUUCCCGUCCAGCGCCCACGUUGUUUAAUGUUUAAAUAGCAAAUGUACUUGCGGCGUGCGCAUUAAACUGUGAGCUUAGAUCGUUAAAAUAGAGUCCAAUGUCACCCUACCUUUCACUGUCAGCUGAAACCUCGACAUACUGUAUAAGGAAACAAGCACAAUUUUGGUGGACACUACAAUAAGAUUCCCUUCAGAAAACCAUCUUGCAGAUGAAAUACUGUCUCCAGUGAAGCUGUUUCCUAUUUUUAUAUUUAUUUAAUAUUUCUUCUCCGAAUAGCUGAGAUACUGUAUGUACUUUAUUUAAACUGGGGAAAUUAAAGACACUUUUUCAUUUAAGAAAUGUGCUGUAUUGUGAAGGCUGGCCAUUUUUGUUUGUGUCAUAUUUAGUGUAAAAUAUGAGCUAUCUGGUCACUGGGUUGUUAAUCACACUUAUUUCAUAAACUUAAAAAACUUGAAAACUUGCUGUAUGUGAGGGAGUUGCUGGUGCUGGACACUCUUUAGAGCGGAUUAAUUAUUUAUACUGAGAAUAAAAUUGUUCUUGAUGACGAUUAAUCCACGAUCCUUAAGGUUUCACUCAAAAUAAAACUUUCAAACGUGGUUUUGGUACAUUUAGCUAAAUAUAGAUAUCAUUGGACUAUCAUUAUUGUGUAAUGGCUGAACAAUCAUUUUUAGCCAUUCUGUUUUUUUUCUUUUUGGCCAAAAGCUACAUUAAUUGCUUUCUAAAUAUUUAUUUAAAUACCGUAGACAGAAUUCAAUUUUGUCUUUCAAUUGUAAUAAAAUGAACUACUUUGUGAAA